AUGGUCGAGAAAAGUAACAACAAGAGACAGAGAGUGGAACGUGUUCCCGAGUUCUUCAUCAACGACCACCACGACGUGCUCGUAGAGAUCCUCCGGCGUCUAGACGGUCCUUCUCUUUGCGCAGCAGCUUGCGUGUGCCGUCUAUGGUCAGCCGUGGCUCGCAACGAUUCAAUAUGGGAAGAGCUCUGUUUCCGACAAAUGUCACCACGACCUUCACUUUCCCUUCGGUCCGUUGUGUCGGCUCUCGGUGGCUACCGAUGUCUCUACUUCCUCUGUAUCCGUCCGGUCCUCGCGCGACUCCCCAAGCUCCUAUGGAGCCGAGACCAGCUUCAGCUAUCACUCUCCCUUUACUGUGUCCACUACUACGAGCGCCUCUACGUCGGCGCGUGGAUUGGAGACGCGCCACCUUCAUCGCUUAUGUUCCUCCGGAAGCCUGUUAACGUCGUCUGA